ACAAGAGCCCAGACAGAGAGAGGGAGAGAGAGAGAGAGAGAGAGAGAGAGAGAGAGAGAGAGAGACUAUAUAUAUAUCCUAAGGAGGCUGGUGCUCACAGGCACAGCUGGACUACUGGAUAACUGGACUGCAGCCCAUUGGAUAUUUAACUAAAAAGGCACCAGCAAAGCCUUUGGAAAUCCUAUUAGAUUAGUUACUGUGAAACAUAUAGUUCAAAGAUGAACAGUGUGGCAGACUGGCUCGUGAACAACAGGGACAAGAUAGAGAAAGGUGUGGAGAUCAUGGGGCAAGCCUCUGAGGUGCUAGCUGCCACUGUGGGCCAGCUACACCCCGUCUUGGAGGCCGUGUUCGUGGCCUCAGCCGAGCUGCUCAGCAACCCAGACAGCAAAGAGGCUCGCUACUUAACUCAACAAUUUGAGAUGGUGAACCAGAAACUUGAAGGAAUCCAAGAUGAGAUUGAUAAGCUUGCCCUGGAGCUGCAGAGAACGUCGUUGAACAAGCAAAACUUUGAUCGAGAGGCACAGAUGAUCAGUCAGUAUGAGAAGUUUCAGGUCUUUGUCAACGCCAAGCCAAAGUUCAAGGAAAAGAAGAUGGAGAAAUUCAUCAGCCAUUAUGAGAGCACCGAUAUGGAUUUAAACUUGGAUGCCCUUUACAAUGCUGUCACUGGGGAGAACACCUCAGGAGACCCCAUGCUGGAAACUGUAGUUAAUACAGAGCAGAGAAGCAGAAGGGCAGUGGAGGACUUCUGCGCUCGACUGAAAAAGCUUUUUGUGGUUGGCAUUAUUGCUGUCAUGGGUUAUGCUGCCCUCAAGGAAGGAGGAGUUGGGGAGGAGAUGGUGAAGAAGUGGCAAGGACGAAUGGAGGAAGUGGAAAAGCGAAUGAAAGCAGCUGUGGAUGACUGUGCAGAGAACUUUGCCACACAAGCCAAGGUGGACAUAGAGCAUCUAGUUCAGGAGAACCCAGGCACCGUCGACCAGAACUUCACCAACACCAUCUUGGAUGCGCUUGCUAAGAAAUACGACUGGGUGAACUGGUCCAUCAGGGCCUUCAAUGACCGGGAGCGCAUUUUCUUUUUUAACUGGCUAGCUGGAAAGAAGUACCAUGGAAGUGGAGGAGCCAACUGGUUUGACCUUUUGACCAAGAACAAGAUCAAGAUUGUGGUCUCUUUCUGUGUCAACCCGAAGCCUAUUAACAAGAGUCAGAUCCAGGAGAAGAUUGAGCAGGAGAAGUUGAAGGGGAACAUGAUGGCAGUUGCUCUGUCUUUGAACAAAAGCUUCCCCAACUGCCUGGUCCAUGCUGUCAGCCAUUACAAGGCAGUGGUGCAGUCCACCAACUUCCAAGACGAUUGUUACUACUUUGGAAAACACAAACGAGCGUACCUGUGCAUUCAUCCUGAAUAGGCCCAUGAAAAAUGUAAUGUGUACCUUCGUAUUGAUGAAUUUAUGAAUGUCUUUAUCAGAGACUUGAAAAUAUCUCCAUUCAGUAUAGAAAUGUAUUCCUAAAUCUUGCCUCUGUUGAUGUGUAAUCAGCUCUGUCUGGGUUUUGCUAUGUGACCCAUUGUCUAAUGCAACAAUUUAUAUUCUUAUACAUACAUUAUGUGUAGCUUUGAGGUUAGAAAAUUCAGAGCCAGAUGUGUCCAUGCCAGCUUUGUCUUAGCAUUAGGGUUGUGAAUCUGUUCCCACUGAAUAUUAGCCUGCUAAGGGUGGAUGACUGAGCAAUAUCUGUUUGUGAGCUUUCAGAGAUUUUAAAAUUAUAUGUGAAAAUCUACCCUUGGAAAAUGCUAGCUUUGGAUGUUCUGAAGAAGAUGACAUUCUUGACUAUCAAAACUGGGUUUGGAUGGGAUUAUUAGUCAGCGACUUGGUUCUGAAGUAAAAAAUUAUUAAAGAGGUGUUCAACAAUUAAAAGAAUAGUUCUACAUUUGGGGGAAAUGUGCAUAUUUGCUUGCUUGGCCUUCGAUUUCUAUAUUAAAAAUCGAAAGAGAAAUCCGUCCAUUUAUUUUCUUCUGCUUAUCCCUUGGGCCUGCCUCCACUGUCACUGGUGAGGGCCAAGGUAACAUGGAUCACCACUAUAUCGGACAGAGAUGUAUUCAUACUGAGAACCAUUUAGAGUCACAAUUACGUGUACUUUGGAAGGAAGCCAAAGCACUCAUGAAGGCUUUAAGAAUGAUUUAAGUUCACAUUAGAGUAGUAGAGCUCGUCUAAUCUCAACAAAACAAUCAAACAAACAAAAAAUAACCGCUUAAAAAAUUCAGGUGCCCUGUUAUAAAAAGAUAAGAUAAGAUAGCCUUUAUUAGUCCCACAGGUGGGAAAUUUGUUUUGUUUUGUAAUCAGUAAAGCUUUUCAAAAUGUAAAGGAAAUGUGUCAUAAAGAAUGAUUCAGAGUGCACAAAUGACUAAUACUGUGGUAGACAAUUAAUAUUACCCACUCUGCGAAUAAAAGCCUAUUUUUAAAAAAUC